AUGGAUUUAGAAAUCGAAGCACAGAAGCCGACACUGGAUCUGGCGAAGAAAUGCCUCAAGAAGGUCCCCAAAAUGGAGGAUGCUCAGCAGUACAAAGUGCUGCUACUGGACGACAAUGAACUGCAGAAGAUUGAUAAUAUUGAUUGCUAUUUAAAAAUUGAAAAGUUGUCGCUGUGCAAGAACCAGUUACUGCGAAUGUACGGCGUUUGUCGAUUGCACUGCUUGCGGGAGCUGAACUUGUCGUGCAAUGGAAUACUGACCAUCGAAGGGCUGAAAGAUUUGGUGCACCUCACGCACUUGAAUCUGGAGUGUAACAAUAUCAAAACAAUUGAGCAUUUGAACACUAAUGUGAACCUGCAGGUGCUAAACCUAUCGGAAAACAGUAUCACCAGCGUGUCGGAUAUUUCGUUUUUAAAAAAUUUAAAGGAACUCUUUCUUAACGGGAACCGCAUUUCGCAUUUAAGACAGUGUGAUAAGUAUUUACCUCAGUCGCUGGAAACCCUAACACUGGCAAAGAACAACAUCUUCGAUCUAAAUGAAAUCUGCACGCUGAGUCACCUGAACAAUCUGAAUAGCAUCACAGUGGCGGACAAUCCUUGCGUGCAGAUGACCGGAAACGCGGUCGGGUUCGACCAUCGUCCGUUUGUGCUGAACUGGUGUAUGAGCGUGAAACAUAUCGACGGGUUUGUCGUGACUGCCAUCGAAAGUUUGAAGGCCGAAUGGUUGUAUAGCCAGGGACGGGGCCGUCAGUUUCGGAUAGGGGAGCAAACGGCACUGGCCCGUUACUUGAGCAGCGUUUGUCCGCUAUCCGGCGAAGCGUUGGAGAACCAGAACGAGCGCAAGCUGCGGUUGAUUCUCAGUAAAGCGCAACAACACCAGCGGGCGCUGCAGGAACAAACAACGCUCGGUGGUGCUGACGGGUCAAACCAGUCGGCCAACAAUUCACCGUCGUCGCUCCGACGGAAAGGCCAAGCAACACGCAUACAAUCGCCGCGUGUUUCGCGGCUCAGUGGGCGCCAAAAUUCCCCAGACGCCAUGUCGAACAGUUACCAUGGUAACCUGUCCGUGAACAACUCAUUGUCGUCGGGUCACAGCGACAACAGCUCGGGAGGUUCGCAGCUGUUUGAACUGACCCGCUCGCUGAUCGACAACAUUACGUCGGAUGGUGGCAGUAUCAUGUCGCAAAGUUUGGACCCCAACAUGUUGGCCACGAACAAUAGCAGCGGCGGACCAUCCUCGAUGACCGACAGCAUCCUUUUAGGCAAACAGCAAGCAAUGGCGAAUCAAAACCACAGUGGACUUUACAAUGAUCAAUCCACAACACCGUUGCCGGUCGUUUUGAGUGACGGUCCGCUGACUGCGGCAUCGAAGAUGGUUCCGGUGCCGGAGUCACUGAUGAGCCCGGACUGCGGGCCAAGCACAACCACCGCGGCCAGCAUUGUGCAGCGUAAUAUGCAAAACUGCAACAAGCAACCUCAGCCGCAAACUCCGCAGAUCCCGAAAGCCAUAAAGACGAAGGAUAGCAACCGUUCGGUGGGGCAGAUCGGUGGUGGCAUUCCCGUGACUAGUGGGGCCACAAAGAGUGGCAGUCCGCGGGCAGUGAAGCGCAACAAUAGCAGCGAGCGUUCGUCGCCAUCGCUUUCGCCGCGCAAAACCCUCACGAACCACGCCACCAACGGGACGCCCCAUUCGCGUCCCGUUUCGGCCCAAUCGAAACACUCGGUACACCCGGCGACGGCCACCCCGUCGGAGUGUGGUUCGAGUAACGCCGUCAGUUCGGACGAGGAAAGUGAAGCGAUCAAUGUCGAAAAGUUGCGCACCAUACGCCACAAGGCGGCACAGCAAACGCACCAUCCGGGGACGAGUAAAAUCAAAGAGAAGGAGCCAACCGCACCGAAAGCCACCACGUUGCUGGACGUCGUCGCGAUCAUCGACGAUAAUAAGGCGGUAGAAAAUUCGGCCAUAUUCAUUCAGAAAAUUUGGCGAGGCUACGUGGCCCGGAAGCGGAUGCGCGGUGUGGCCGAGAAGUUGUUCCACAAACGGACCAACGAUCACAUCCUGCAGCUGACGAAGGACAUGCAGGUGACGAAGCAACAGUUGGAAGCAGGUCGCAAGAUUCAGCAGCUUCAGAUGCAAGCGCUGCGGCAACUCUGGCGGAAGGUGUCCGCGAUGAACAACAACGGCAGCAAACCGUCGAUCAAUGCUUGCCCGACGCAGGACGACGAGGACGAUGGAACGGCCGGGUGUGAACCGUUGGCGGGCGACGGAAUCGAUGGGGGCGGUGCCACCAGCAGUACUUUGCAAGAUCUCACCAAAUCGUGCUCGAUGCUGAUGAACCAGGUGCAACAGCUGCAGAGUGCCGUCCAGGACAUUGUGGGUUGCAUGCAGUUUCUGGUGCACGUCCCUCAGUCAUCACAGCAAAAGCACUGUAGCAGUGAAACACAAACGGAGAUCGUGGCAGUGCACACGCCCCAAGCGGAGCAGCUGCCGCCCGAUAGCUUUCCAACCGUCAAAUCAAGCGCCGGUGUGCCAAACAAGGAGCAACACCCGCCGCAGGUCAACGGAGCCAGCAACAAGCUGACGAGACCCUCGACGCUGCCCAUCGGUUCGUCGGAAACGUCACCAAAGAUUGCCAUUGAGCAGGAAGUGAAGUCAACGGAAGACGACGAAAGGAGUGCUACGCUGGGCAGCGUUGGCCAACCUACGCUGCUCAUAGUGGAAGCCGAUCGAGGAAGCGAAGAGGAAAACAACGACGGAGAGCAGAAGGAAUGCGACGAUCGGGAAGUAGACGAAAAGAAGGUUUGCGCAGUGGGGCCACCGGAAGUCAAGGUCACGAUCACGGAAAAGGCUGACCAGUGAGAAAGGGAACACUUCGCUAACGAACGGUGCAGUUUUGAUGAGGCGUUUGUGCAUUUAGAAGCCGCGGAAUCGAAUUUGUUGAUUAUUUUUAAGCUAUUUAUCUAAACAGCCGGCAAAGCAGAUCGACGGUUGACCCAAUCUUUAGUAAAAUUCGUC